UCUGAGCGAAAUUCAAUCAAAAAUCACCUCACUUACACCGCUGAUUACCGGCAUUGUUCAACUGUGACAUUUGUUCAUCAACAAUCAAAAACUGGCAUUGCAACCACUCGCAUGGCAAUGGCUACAAAGCGAAAGUAUUCACAGACGCGAGAAAUUAACAUCGAAAUUGUAAUCCAAAAAUAUUUCGAAAAUGUAAACAUAACUAUCACUGAGGACGACGACGACGAAGGCAACGUAUCAAGUUCAGAUGUAGUGAACGUUGACGAGACAUGUUCGCAGAAAUUUCACGAUGCAAAUAAAGAAGACAAUGAGUGCUCGUUACAGAAGUUACCAAUACAUGAUGCACCGAACGACUUCUCAUAUCAACCAAAUGAUGAGCUGAUGAAAUCAGCAGUGAAUUCAACCGUAUUGGUGGAUGCGUUAGAAACGAUUCCGGCGUUGAAGAAAAAAUGCGCUCGGCUUGGAAUCAACGGAAAUUUUGGCUAUCAAAGGAAGGUUCGUGGUGAAAAGAAUCGUUGUGGUCUAUAUGAAGUUGAACGAAUACUUGAUCAUGAUGCGGUGAACCAUUUGUAUCUCAUAAAAUGGAAAGGAUACGGCACCGAAUUCAACACAUGGGAACCCAUUGACCAUCUGGGUAACAUCACAGACUUGGUAUAUGAUUUCCGAUUGAUGGAAAGGAGCCUGUCCGACGACAACAAAGUCGCUUACAAGAAAUUGAUUUUAUUGGGCAGCUUGGUGGAGGAAUUAACUUCUCCGGCUAAUAAGGAUCCGUAUGUGCUGUUAAAGUUGACAGGGAACUCUGCUUCGGAGUAUAAGCUUGCAGAUUUAACCUUCUUAAAAGGAGAACUAAAAUGGAAAAGCAAAUGCUUGCGAGAAGCACUCAUGGGAGAAGAGCAGUUUCAAUCAGAUUAUGUUUCGAUUUUGGAAAAAACCAUAAAAGAUUUGCGUGUAGUGGUUGCUUUCGACUCGGUGGACGAAUUGGAGAAGGCUGUCAGCAAUAGGAAGAAGUUUUUCAAGUGCCUGAAAAUUUGUGAGGCCAACAUAAAUCGGCUGAUCUCAAGAGAAGAAGGUUGCGCCACCAUAGAAAUAGAAAACAAUUGCGAUGAUGACUUGCCAGCAGAAGACUUUAUCUACAUUACGAAAUGUAAAGCGGGAUCGCCCGAUGUGACAAUUAGCCAGGAUCCACGUUGGUUCUGCCUUUGUGCGAAAUACUGCCAUUCUAAUGCGCAAAAGUGUUGCCCAAUUGUGAACAAAUCUCAUGGCAGCUAUUACAGAGAUGGCAGUCUGAAAAAUAUGAAACAGACAACCAUAUUCGAAUGCAAUUCAAAGUGCAACUGUCCAUCAACCUGUCCGAAUCGAGUGAUACAGAAGGGUCGAAAGUUUAAGCUCGGCAUUUUUAAAACACACGACGGACGCGGAUGGGGAAUCAAGGCUCUUGAACGAAUUCCGAAGUGUCGAUUCAUUGUCGAAUACGUUGGCGAAAUAAUAACCGUUGAGGAAGCGGAACGAAGAUUCGCGCUCAAAGACAAUUCACAUUUGACGUACCUAUUUGAUCUGAGCUACGAAACCGGAACUAUUUGCAAUUACGUCGUGGAUGGUGAGAAAUUCGGCAACAUGUCUCGAUUUAUCAAUCAUUCGUGCACACCAAAUAUGGAAGCGUUUAUGUUUUGGAUUGACAAUACCGACAGAAAGAUGCCAAGAGUUGCCUUCUUCUCGAGGAAAAAUAUUGCUUGUGGUGAAGAGCUAACAUUUGAUUACAGGAUGAGCGGUCCAGGGACAUUCCACGCAGGUGAAAGUGACACCUCCUCGAUGAAAGUGCCGUGUAAGUGCAAUUCUGCAAACUGUCGAAAAAUUCUAUAUUCAUUGGUUGUUUAGCUAGAAUGACUCAAACAAUAAUGUGGAUCAUUAGAGUUUGUUAUCUUCAGUUAAUGUUAAUGUUGAAUAAAUUUAAUUCCGGUUUUUACCAAAA